AAUCUACACUAUAGGAAAAGAAUGAGGCUACAAAUAUACUUCAAAACGACAUCCUUCCCCAGAUAAAGUGUUUAGAAACUAGUGGCAAUAGAGCACUAUGGUUGACGAUAUUAAUCAGUUGCUGCUUCUUUCGAAGAGAAGAAGCAGAGGAAGAUGUAUUAUUGCGCACACCUUGGGCUUGGGCUUUGGCUUAAGCGUCCCUGUAGACUCGGCUUCAGUCGACCCUAACAAUGCCUUUUUGCCCAAGAAACGAGAGAACGCUCGUCUGUAAGCGGGCAUUAAGAAUAAUGCGAAAGUUUAACACCAGCCAUGUCACGAUUCCACUUCUGUCUGCCUGUGGCACUUUUUCGCCAUUCUUGAUCUUGGCUCCGUCGGCCCUGAAGGUUUGCAGGCAGUCUUCCAUUGUGCACUGGAGCAGGCCGUGGCAUAGAAUUUGGCGAGGUUUUUUACUUCCAGAAUUGUAUGUAUGCCUGUUGCGGCUACCUGGUGUCAUUGCGAUGUGGUGCUUAUGCUUGGGAUUCUAUAGACGAGGAUUAUCGGUUUUGUGAACCUUCUCCAUCCUACUCUCACACGUGGCAA